GAUCAUAGUCGCCUCCUGCCCCGAUUCGGAAUCCCAAUGCCCUGACGGAUUGAAUGCGCAAAUUCACCUGAAUCUCCAGGAAAUCCCAGUUACUUGCCUUGAUUCCCUUCAUUCUUUUGACAAGAACCAGAAUCCCUUAUUCAUGGCUGCCUUUUCUCCUCCUCCUCUGUGUUUUCUUCUGCUAUGGAUUCUAGGGUUUGGGUCUUGGUCUAUUGCUUAUGCUUUCAAGGUUCCUUUCAGAGUAAACGAUGUGCUUCCAGUUCUUCCUCGUGGGAUUUCGUGGCCUGUGCUUAAUAAUUUCCACAGUGCCGUGGAUUUGCUUCCGUAUUUUGUUGGCUCUGUGUCUCCUGACAAUUCCUCGAUUGAGUGGAAAGGAGCGUGCUUUUAUGAAAAUAAAGCUAAGCUGGAGUUCACCGCUGGGGACAGGGAUGAUCCAGGCUUGGGAGGUGGCACUCUCUAUCUCCAGACAUCUGCUGCUCACAGCUGGACCUGUAUGGAUCUCUACGUGUUUGCGACACCCUACCGAAUUACAUGGGAUUACUACUUCUCUUCUCGAGAACAUACCUUGAGAUUUGACUCGUGGGAAGAGCCUGCAGAGAUGGAAUAUGUAAAGCAGCAUGGGGUGUCUGUGUUUCUUAUGCCAUCAGGGAUGCUGGGAACUCUGCUAUCCCUAAUUGAUGUCUUACCUCUAUUCUCUAACACUGCGUGGGGUCAGAAGGCCAACUUAGAUUUCCUAAAGAAACACAUGGGAGCUACAUUUGAGAAGCGUAGUAAGCCUUGGCGUGCAACUAUAAAUCCGGAAGAUGUUCAUUCUGGAGAUUUCUUAGCCGUGUCAAAGAUCCGUGGCAGGUGGGGAGGAUUUGAGACAUUGGAAAAGUGGGUAACUGGUGCAUUUGCUGGUCAUACUGCGGUUUGCUUAAAAGAUGAAAUGGGCAAUUUAUGGGUUGGCGAAUCAGGGCAUGAGAAUGAAAAGGGUGAGGAAAUAAUAGUGGUAAUACCAUGGGAUGAAUGGUGGGAACUGGCUCUUAAAGAUGAUUCUAAUCCCCAGAUAGCCUUGCUUCCACUGCAUCCAGAGUUGCGUGCAAAAUUUAACUCUACUGCUGCAUGGGAGUAUGCUCGGAGUAUGUUGGGCAAGCCAUAUGGUUAUCAUAACAUGAUAUUUAGUUGGAUUGACACAGUAGCUGACAACUAUCCGCCACCUCUUGAUGCUCACUUGGUAAUUUCUGUCAUGUCUAUGUGGACUAGAGUGCAACCGGAUUAUGCUGCAAAUAUGUGGAAUGAAGCUUUAAAUAAGCGGUUAGGGACGGAGGGUUUGGCUCUUCACGAAAUUCUAGCUGAGACUGAGAAGCGAGGGAUAUCUUUUGAUCAAUUACUUACCAUUCCAGAACAAGAUGAAUGGAUAUAUAGUGAUGGCAAAUCAACAACCUGUGUUGCCUUUAUUCUCUCAAUGUAUAAAGAGGCUGGAAUAUUUGGACCUGUUUCCAGCUCCAUUCAAGUAACUGAGUUCACUAUCCGUGAUGCGUAUAUGCUCAAGAUUUUUGAGGAUAACCAAACACGACUACCAAGAUGGUGCAACAGUGAGAGUGACAAGCUUCCAUUCUGCCAGAUUCUUGGUGAAUAUAGAAUGGAGCUGCCUGGCUACAACACUUUGGAGCCAUACAGCAAUAUGAACGAAUACUGCCCUUCCCUUCCCCCAACUUAUGACAGGCCCUCACGGUGUUAAAUCCGUUCUGAUAGCCAUCACUAAAUAUAUAGCUAUCAUAUUAUUUAAAUUGCUUGUCUUUUAUAUAAGCAAUAACUGGGGAGUUGGUCGGGACGCGUAAUGCUGUUCUUAGGUUAGUUAUAGUGUUGGGCUUGGGAAAAAUACCUACGUGUCAUAUUUCUAUUUGAUAACUUGGUAAAAUUAACUCGAGUUGGCCCAUGCUGGUAUGGCGUUGUCUACAAAUGACAUGCCUGUGUCUUGAGAUUCUACAGAGUUGACAGAAAUGUUGUAUAUGAGCUGCUUUGGCUGUAAAGGAUUUCAAAUUGAUUAAAUGAUCCCAAAGGCCGAAUCCAGCUCCAUAUGACCGAAUUGACUAGUUUAUUUAAAGAAGCCCAUUUAUAUUGUAAACGGUUUUCAUAUAUUUUCAAGCU